UGAUCUCGAGUUCGAAUCCCACGAUCUAAACUUUUGUUUUUUCAUUUGAGAAUUCUCUCCCUCCCCAAAACCUCAAGACUUUUGCCUUCAACCUCUUUCAAAACCCUCAACUCAUUCACCACACACCGCUGUAAGCGGCGCCCUGUAUCUUUGUGCUUUUGAUUUUGGCAAUUUUAUUAUCUCCAACGAGUUAUACAUGCAUUUAACUAUUUUUAUACACAAUAUUUGAUCAUUUGCGGCACCAACUGAUCAAAAUGCUGCAACCGCAGCAGAGUUCGCCGAACCUAGUGUUUACCAAGCAGCCCUACAUUGAAGAUGUUGGACCACGCAAAAUAAAGAGCAUUCAGUUUUCAAUGAUGUCGGAGUCGGAGAUCAUGAAAGCUGCUGAAGUACAAGUGUACUUAGGCCAAUACUACAACUCCAAUAGAGUGCCUAUUCAAGGCGGCUUAUUGGAUCCUCGCAUGGGACCUGCAAAUAAAAGUUGUUCAUGUGCGACAUGCCAUGGAGGUUUUGGUGAUUGUCCAGGGCACUUUGGAUACCUGAAUCUUGCUCACCCUGUGUAUAAUGUUGGAUAUUUGAGCACAAUCUUGGACAUAUUAAAGUGUAUUUGUAAGUCUUGUUCUCGCAUACUUCUGGAGGAGAAAUUAUGUAAAGAAUAUUUGAAAAAGAUGAGGAGUCCAAAGAUGGAGGCUCUGCGGAAGAGUGAUUUAAUGAAGAGUAUGGUAAAAAAGUGUAGUACCAUGGCAAGUAAAGCUGUGAGAUGCCCAAGAUGUGGAUAUGUAAAUGGCAUGGUGAAGAAGGCUGUGGGUGUGCUGGGAAUUAUUCAUGAUCUGUCAAAAGUGAAUGAGAAUGAGAAAGAAUGCAGAUCUGCAAUUUCUCACACAAAAGAGUCCAAGGCAUCCAUUAAUGCAGCUACUUAUAAUCUAAAUCCUGUCAAAGUGCUUUAUCUUUUUAAAAGAAUGACAGAUGAGGAUUGUGAAUUGCUUUAUCUUUCUGAUAGACCUGAAAAACUUAUUGUAACCAACAUUGCUGUCCCACCAAUAGCUAUUCGCCCGUCUGUUAUUAUGGAUGGUUCGCAGAGUAAUGAAAAUGACAUUACAGAGAGGUUGAAACGUAUUAUUCAAGCAAAUGCAAGUCUUCGACAGGAUUUAGUCAAACCAAGUUCUGCCUUUGAAUGCUUGCUUGCUUGGGAUAAUCUUCAAGUUGAGGUUGGCCAGUAUAUAAACAGUGAUGUUCGUGUUCCUCCGUUUACCAUGCAAUUAUCCAAGCCAUUAAGUGGUUUUGUUCAGCGUCUCAAAGGGAAGCAGGGACGCUUUCGUGGGAAUCUAUCUGGCAAGCGUGUUGAGUAUACUGGCAGGACUGUCAUAUCACCUGACCCUAAUCUAAAAAUUACUGAGGUAGGAAUUCCCAUCCGAAUGGCACGGAUUUUAACUUAUCCUGAACGUGUUUCACAUUACAAUUUAGAGAAAUUGAGGCAAUGCGUCCGUAAUGGCCCUGAUAAAUACCCUGGGGCAAGGAUGGUCAGAUAUCCUGAUGGCACAGCAAGGGUCCUGUAUGGUAAAUUUAGAUUUCGCAUAGCUGAUGAAUUGAAAUACGGCUGUAUAGUUGAUCGACAUUUGGAAGAUGGGGAUGUUGUUCUUUUCAACAGACAACCUAGCUUGCAUCGGAUGUCUAUCAUGUGUCAUAGGGCAAGAAUAAUGCCUUGGAGAACAUUGAGAUUCAAUGAAUCUGUUUGCAACCCAUAUAAUGCUGAUUUUGAUGGUGAUGAAAUGAAUAUGCACGUGCCACAAACAGAAGAGGCUCGAACAGAGGCUCUUAUGUUGAUGGGGGUGCAAAACAAUUUAUGCACACCAAAAAAUGGGGAGAUUUUGGUUGCUUCUACUCAAGACUUUUUGACUUCUUCUUUUCUCAUUACAAGGAAGGACACAUUCUAUGACCGCGCAACUUUUUCGCUUAUGUGUUGUUAUCUAGGAGAUGGCAUGGACCUCGUUGAUUUACCAACACCUGCAAUUCUUAAGCCAAUUGAGCUCUGGACUGGGAAACAAGUAUUUAGUGUUCUCUUGCGUCCACAUGCUACUAUGAGGGUCUAUCUUAAUCUUGCAGUCAAGGAGAAAACCUACUCCAACAAGUUAAUUCGAACUGAAGGGGAUGACGAAAUUCGAAUAGAUUCAAUGUGCCCUAAUGAUGGGUUUGUUUAUUUUCGGAAUAGUGAGCUCAUUUCUGGGCAAGUGGGUAAGGCAACUUUAGGAAAUGGCAAUAAAGAUGGACUUUACUCUGUUCUUCUUAGAGAUUAUGGUGCACAUGCUGCUGCAGUUUGCAUGAAUCGACUGGCUAAAUUGAGUGCUCGAUGGAUUGGAAAUCAUGGCUUCUCAAUUGGGAUUGAUGAUGUCCAACCGAAAGAAGAAUUGAUUGAUAAAAAAAAGAGAUUACUAUCAGAAAAUUAUGAUGUUUGUAAUGUAAAAAUAAAAGAGUUCAACGAAGGAAAGCUACAACUUAAACCUGGUUGUGAUGCCGCUCAAACACUAGAAGCUGUGAUAACAGAUUUAUUAAAUAGGAUUAGAGAAGAUGCUGGGAAGGCAUGCAUGGGAGGACUGCCUUGGAGAAACAGUCCAUUGAUCAUGUCACAAUGUGGUUCCAAAGGAUCUCCUAUUAAUAUUAGCCAAAUGGUUGCAUUAGUCGGUCAACAAUCAGUUGGGGGUCGUCGAGCUCCUAAUGGAUUCAUAGAUCGAAGCCUUCCUCAUUUCCCUAGAAAAUCAAAAGCCCCUGCUGCUAAAGGCUUUGUUGCUAAUUCAUUCUAUAGUGGGUUGACAGCUACUGAGUUUUUCUUCCAUACAAUGGGUGGGCGAGAAGGUCUUGUAGAUACGGCGGUGAAAACUGCUGAUACUGGGUAUAUGUCUCGUCGAUUGAUUAAAGCAUUGGAGGACUUAUCCAUUCAUUAUGAUAACUCUGUACGGAAUGCAAGUGGAUGUAUAGUUCAAUUUCUUUAUGGGGAUGACGGUAUGGAUCCUGCAAAUAUGGAAGGAAAAAGUGGGGAUCCCUUGAAUUUUGGUAGAUUGUUGAUGAAAGUAGAGGCUACCUGUCCUGUGGGUGAAAAUAAGUACCUAUCUCCCGAAGAAAUCUCUGAGAUGGUAAGAAAGCGGCUUGCAGAAUGUGGAGUGAACUCUGACAAGGAUUGCUCUGAAGCCUUUAUAGAUUCUCUGAGAAAAUUCUUUCAAGGUCACCGUGAUAAAUUAGAGAAAAAGAUGAAAUUUAUCGAAGAUCUUUCUGGGGAUACAAAUUCUGAGGUUUUAGAAAAAGUUGUCCAUAAAACAUCUGGUAUCACCGCAAGGCAGCUUGAGGUUUUCAUGGAAACCUGCUUCUCUCGUUAUCGUUUGAAAAAAAUUGAAGCUGGAACUGCAAUUGGAGCAAUUGGAGCUCAAAGUAUUGGUGAGCCAGGAACACAGAUGACAUUGAAAACCUUUCACUUUGCUGGAGUCGCUAGCAUGAAUAUUACACAAGGAGUUCCUCGUAUCAAAGAAAUAAUAAAUGGAGCUAAAAGGAUUAGCACUCCUAUUAUUACAGCAGAACUUGAGUGUGAUUAUAAUGAGAAUUCUGCACGAGUGGUGAAAAGCCGGAUUGAGAAAACUGUUUUAGGGCAGGUAGCUAAGAGUAUCAAGAUUGUAAUGACUUCAAGGUUAGCAUCAAUAAUCAUCACGCUUGAUAUGCAAACAAUUCAAGAUGCACAUCUAUGUAUAACUGCUGAUGUCGUGAAAGAAUCAAUUUUACAAACUCCAAGAAUCAAACUGAAGGAACAGCAUAUCAAGGUUUUGGAUUUUAGAAAAUUGGAAAUUUUUCCUCCGGCUGAGAAAAGUAAAAUUCAUUUCGAACUCCAUUCUCUGAAAAAGGUGCUUCCAAUGAUUAUGAUAAAGGGCAUAAAAGCCGUUGAACGUGUUGUUAUUGCUGAGAAAGAAAAGGAGAAAAAGAAAUUCAAAGAGAAUGAAGACGAGAAGAAAAAGUUCCGGUUGUUGGUAGAAGGCACUGGCCUCCAAGCAGUCAUGGGCACUGAAGGAAUUGAUGGACGAAAAACAAAGAGUAAUCACAUUAUUGAAGUACAACAGAUUCUUGGAAUUGAAGCUGCAAGAACAUGCAUAAUAGAUGAGAUAAAUGUAACGAUGAAGCAUCAUGGGAUGAGCAUAGACAUACGGCAUAUGAUGCUUUUAGCAGAUCUGAUGACAUUUAGGGGAGAAGUUCUUGGAAUCACAAGAUUUGGAAUUCAAAAAAUGGACAAAAGUGUAUUGAUGUUGGCUUCAUUUGAAAAGACAGCAGAUCACCUUUUCAAUGCUUCUGUAAAUGGGAGGGAUGAUAGGAUUGAGGGAGUAAGUGAAUGCAUCAUUAUGGGAAUCCCUAUGCAGAUAGGAACUGGGAUACUCAAAGUUAGACAAAGAGAUAUUGUGCCUCCAUUGCUGAGAUACAAGGCAGCAGAUCCAAUUUUAUCUUGACUUAAAGGAUUCCAGAUUGUGAAGCAAGAUUUACAUGCCAGAUUUACCCCCUCUGGAAUGGCUUUCACAACUUUGACAGAGAAAGCGAUCUGCUUCAGGUGUUAAAAUGAAUCCGCAAACCAGCAGCCAACAUAAAAGGAGCUCCUCAUCAAUCUAGGAGUGCGGGUUCUCUUGCGUAAAAUUUGCUGGAUAUCAGAUGUCCUUCCUAAACAGAACUAUUGAUGUAGUAUGUAAUAAUAUUAGUCCAAAAUUUAAUUUUCUGAAGUAUAUCUUGUCCUAGGCAAACUUUUGUGGGUUACGCUCUUUCAACCUUGUUGGGGGGAAAUUGUUAUAGUUGAAAAGGUUAAAAUUCUGAUUGUCCAACAGCCCAUGCAAUGAUUUACACAGUUGUAAAUAUUCUCUC